AAUGGAACAACCAAUUAAUAAAAUGCGAUACUAUCUGAAGGAUGAGACUGUGCUGCAUAACAAGAAGGACGACUGCUGGAUCAUUAUACACAAUAACGUCUAUGAUUUGACGCCCAUGAUACGGGAUCGCUUGGAUCACUGGAAUACCAACAUGGAUUACUUGGUAGCUCAUGCGGGCAAGGAUCUAACACAUUUCUUCCAUGAGAAUGGGGAGCCCCGCACGGAGAUCUCGGUUAGGACUGGCAGACCGCGUGUCCUCUUUCCACCUAUCCUGGAGGUGGCUAUCAGUGAGUUUGCCAAGACCAAUGGCGCCAUGUGGAGUCAGGAUCCCUUCUAUCACAUUGGGAGACUCACACGACGUGCACGCCUUAUUCGAAUCAUCAAUGCCCUGACGGCCCAGACCCUGUUCAUGACCGUGUGCGAUGAAGACACUAUCUACGACAUCCAACAGAAGUACAAGCAGCACUACAAUCACCAUGCGGGCAGCUACGAGUGGCGCAAGUUCUCCAAUGGAGGAAAGGCCUGCGGCCAGCUCGACCUGAACGGCACCUUGGACGAGAACGGUCUGAUAGAUGAGGAGGACUGCGAUGUGGAGCUACCGCCCCCCUCCAUUUGGCUCUACUACACAGAUGAUAUAACCAUUGCUUGAGUUCGAGUGGUGUCAAAAGUUUACAGGUUUUGGGUUCAGUUUAUUGGAAAUUCGUUGUGCUGCAGAGAAGUAAAGCUCAUU